AUGAGCUCCUUCACUCCCAUCAACAUACCAGUGCGCGAUCGUUCUGUACAGGCAAGGCUUCCUUCCUCCACAGUUGUGCAGCACGUCCCAGGAGCUGACGAUCGAUCACAGCCCAACAUGGAGUCGGGUCCAGGUCCUCCAGUUGACAGUCAAGCAGAGCUGCAGACGCCACAGUGGCCGCCCAGUCCGCAGAUGUCUGGAAUACCGCCACUGCCAGAGCUACCACCGCUGCCUCAGAUGCUUCAGAUGCCCCAGUCGCCUCGAUCGCCUCGAGUACCCCAAGCUGCAGAAGUCAUCGACCUGACAGGUCUCAGUGACGACGAGGAUGAGAACGAUUGGGAGGACGUGCCUGAAAUCAUCGACUUGACAAAUCUCCCGUCUGACGACGAAGACGAUGAUGCACAAAACGACCAAGAGCAAGCCCGUGUACCCGAACAGUACACCAUUCUCAAUCUCCCUCCUCGACGCCAGUACACCCUGACCGAUACUCCAGCCAAGCCAGGCCGAAGACUUGGUCGCCACACCGCACACCUCCUCUUCCCAAAUCUUCCGGUAUCGCGAGCCUACACCGCUCGCGUCGCUGCUUCUCGCGAGCCCAUUCCUCGAGUUCCCGUCCGUCGAGACAUUUGUGAGCUCUGCAACCGCAUCGUCCGCUGGGGCCCCGGCUGCUUCAUCACGAAGCAUCAUCUGUACCCCCAGCAGAUAACCAAGAAAUACCCAGACAGAUUCACGGAAGACCAGAAGAAAUCGAUUGCGCUCCUCUGCCGACCCUGCCACGACGCCUGUCACAAAGCCCACACCAACCGAAUCUUGGCAGACUUCUAUUAUCAAGUUGAGCUUCUGAAAGCCGACCCCGAGAUUCAGGCCCAUGUCCGCGAAAUGCAGCGCGCAAGCACUCCUGAGCUCAUUGCGGAGCAUGGGGAUGGUAUCCAUGUACGGCGCAGGAAGCAGCGGCUGAGGGCGGCGAGGGCGGCGAGGAAUGAUCCUCCCAAGGUCCUGACCAGGAGGCAGCUGAAGCUCCUGGCCAAGGACCCUUCACGCCAGCCUUCGGAAAGAGCCUUGCAUGGCCCACAGCCACCUAAGCGCCAACUGCCUCAUCCCGACAGUCUACGGCGAAGUGCGAGACUGUUAGCUAAGGGAAUGGGUCAUCCUCAAGUGCCUGCUAUUGUGAUAGAGGACAAAGAUGAGCAAGAUGCAGUGAUUCACGAGUAUCCUCAGGGAAAGAAGGAUGAGAACAUGCUGGAUGCUGUCAGCCGAGAAGAGCUUGCUGCCCUCGAGGCUGGUGGGGAGUACAUUCCGCUGUAA